GCAGCUCUCAGGACCGGAGAGGGACAGAGCACUCCAGCUAUUUCAGCCACAUGAAAAGCACUGGAAUUGAGAUCCCAGCUCUGAGGACACCGGGAGUUCCUUCUACCCUGUAAAGCGGUUUUUUUGUGUUUUAUUUUUUUUUUGUGUGUUUUUGCACCUGGCUGCCUGGGACUGUCCUCAGGCAGUAAACAAAUCCAGAGAGCAGGGAUAAGACCUCGUGAAUAUGUCGAAGCAGCCAAUUUCCAACGUCAGAGCCAUUCAGGCAAAUAUCAAUAUUCCAAUGGGAGCCUUUCGUCCAGGAGCUGGGCAGCCUCCAAGACGGAAAGAGGGUACUCCUGGAACUGAGGAGGGAGCAUCUGCCACCUCAGAGGAAAAGAAACCAAUUCCUGGAAUGAAGAAAUUCCCAGGACCUGUUGUCAACCUGUCUGAGAUACAAAACGUUAAAAGUGAACUGAAAUACGUUCCCAAAGGUGAACAGUAGUUCAAAGGAAGCAAAAGGUCACAUUGGAUGCUUAGAAGUGGGAGAUGCAUUUGGUUUUCCCAAGGAAGAAAACAAUGGGUUGAAAUAAACAACUUCCUGAAAAUUUUAUAUAUUUGUAUGAUGAUCACGAACCUCCUGAAUGCCCAAGACUCUAGCAAAAAUAUCCUGUUUGUACAUUUAUAUUUCUUCCUUCUACUUGGUUGCAUUUCUCACCUUAGCUACAUUUUUGGCACCCUGCAGAGCAAAUCAGCACAUGAAUUUACCACCUGGGGAGUGUGGUUUUGAGGAGAGAUGUGAUUUUUAUGGAGGGGAUAUGGCAAUGUGCAUGCAGUGAUUUUGAUGUUAAGUACUAUAAGUUACUUCCCACAGUCUUUUGGUCAAUAUUUGAAAUGUCUUCUUCACCUUUUAAAUGAUCUCAGUUAACUUUUUAUGAGUUCAAAUAAAUAUUUGAGUAAACGUAA